AGGCCCUGGCCAUUCGGGCUCGAGUGUCGGCUGGGCGGCGCGCCCAGCUCGGGAGGCUCGCUCUCCGGGCGUCCCCUGGAGAGUCAGAGGAGGAAAAGAGAGGUCGUCCCCGCGAGGGGCGGGCCCGAGCAGCAUCAUGAGCAUGUGGACGCGGGCGAGGACGGAGACGUUCUUCAAGAGGGCGGCGGAUGACGCGGAGGACGCGUUCAAGGAGGUCGGUGACUCCAUCCACGGAGCCUUCUCUGGCGUCGGGGACUCCUUCGCCAGGCUGAAGAAGAGGCAACCGAGCAGCUGGUUCUCCUCCAGCUCAUUCGGGCCGCCGGGGUCCCCCAGCGCAGGCUUGGCCAACGCGUUCGGCCGGCAGGUGUCCCCCGGCGCGGCCGCCGCAGGCCCCGCCUUCGCCCACGAGGCCGCCUCCGCCAGCCGGCAGCCGCCGCCCGGGCACUCGCCGCCGGGCGCUGCGGCCGAGGCGCCCGCGGCGGCUGCGCCCGCCGCGGCGCUGCCACAGCCAGCGGCCCGGUGCGGGCAGGACGACGACGACGCCAUGCGGCGCCACUGCUCCUCGCUCGAGCGGCUGGUGGUGGACCUGGGGAUCUCCCCGCAGGCCGCCCGGGUGGCGCUCCGCCACCUGGACGCCUGGCUGGUGAGCGAGGCCGGGGCCAUGGAGAUGGCCGCGGCCGAGGCCGCGGGCCACGGCAGCGGGGAGCACAUCCUGCACACGGGCGACGCCGUGCGCCUGGAGGGCAUGGUCAAGAACAAGAGCCUGAACGGCACGCUCGGGACGCUCACGUGCUACGCGGCGGACACGCAGCGGUGGAAGGUCAUGCUGCCCGGCGGCGAGGUGUACUGGGUGAAGCCCAAGCUCGUCAGGCCCGUGGAGCCCCGGCGGCUGCCCCUGCCGGAGGCCGGCUCGGCCGCGAGCCCGGGCCCCGCCGAGGAGGCCUUCGCGAAGCGCCACGCGGAGCAGGC